UGCUAUUGUACGCCGGCAGGCAACGUGCAGAAGCGUUCCUCUCGCCUGAAAAAACGGCGCACUCACGUUUUCCGUGGAUUACAAGGAAGCUGGAAAAGUCAUGCAGCAGUGCCUGAAUAUUAGAGAAAGCCAAAUUAUGAGCGGAGAGCGCGAGCCUAAGCGCCAUUAACCCCCAGCUUACAGCACAGUUAGCUGUUUCUCAUGGUUUCUUUCCCAUCACCAUGGUGACGCUGAGACUAAUUUACAUAUUUCCUGCUUCUUGUUUGAUUUUGAUUUUUUUUUUUUACAAAAUAAUUGUGGUUGUACCUGUCGGGAAAAACAACACAACCUGCUGCUCCCCUCGAGGUGUGGCACGAGGGGUAGGUGUGUCCUCAUAAAUAAUUUAGGCGAAAAUUGAGAGAUCGGUUAAAGCCGGGCCCCGCCCCUCUCUCGAGGUGUGACGUCACGUGAACUGCCCGUGUCCAUUCCAGCUGAGAGAAAGAGAGAGAAACGGGAGGAGGAGGAGGACGUCGCGCGGCCCAAACACAGAUCCGAGCCCGUGCGCCCGUGACUGGAUCCACCGGAUGGAAAAAAAAAAGUACAGACAGAAAGAGGAAACGACCCCCUCCAGCCUCUCCAACCACCCCCUCCCCACCGAGGGACAGCAGAGCGCGACAGCAGAGAAGCAGCAAUACAACUUGUCAUCUGACCACGUACAGCUCGCGUCGCUGGCUGUUUUUUUUAAUGCUCCUCUUUCUCCACGACAGUUUUGUUUUGACGGAGGAAGUCUCUCUCUGGGAUCUUCUUUCAUUAUUAUAAGUAUUUCUUUUUAAAUUACCGCACCACUAACUCGGGAUAUCGCUCUUCAAGUUUUUACUGUAAUAUUUUUUUCCUUGUGCGUGCAAAGUGUGCGUGCGGGAUUUUCACGCCUUUGCAGUUUUAUUAUGGACAGUAUUUCUAAUCAGAUGGUCUGACUGUCCCUCCCACACUGUUCUCCGAGAAUAACAGCUUCAUCUACAACAUCCAAAGGCAAUGGAGUACUUCGAGGAAAAUAUUUUUGCAGGGAAAUAAGGAACUCUUUAUAUCUACAAGUGAAAGCCACAAUCCAGCCUGCUUGUCCCAUUGGUAGGUACUCCUGUCAGCUCGCCUCGCCCCUUCAAGUGCCCCAGGUGUGUUUCUGCGACCCGUCUGGUCCAGGAUGUCCAGGCAACUCUCCCAGCUUCCGACCCCAGACCUCCCAGCUGGGGCAAGCCCACAGUUUGGAAGCUGUACUCAACCUGGAGGCUCCCUGACAGGGGGGCACCUCAACUCUAUGGCAGGUCUGAAAUCCCUCCUGCAGCACCCCAUGAAAGGAGACCAGCGUUUAAAGAACCCAUGCGAUUCGAAAGACAAAGACAGACUGGACCUCGAUGAGGACUCCUUGGGAGUGUGCCCAAUGAGGAAUGGAAGUGGAAUAGUCAACAGUAAUAGCAGUAAUGGCUGUGGAGGAGGUGGAAAUGGAGGAGGAAACUUCAACCAGUUCCUGGGGCCUCUUUUGUGGGAUCGCACUGUUCCUGCAGAUGGGGGCCUCUUCCAGCUUCAGUAUAUGGACUUGGAGGAGUUUCUAACUGAAAAUGGAAUGGGCAGCAUGCACAACAACAACAACAACAACAGCUCCUGUUCAGCCCAGAUCCCCUCACAGAGCCCGCAGUCAGCUGUGCCCAACCAGAGCUCCCAGUGCCUACCACCCCCAUCCCCACCUGGAUCUUCAUCCUCACCACCUUCUACCUCUUCUUCUCCAUCUCUCAUCGGUCUGGAGGUGGCUCAGCCACAGAAUCUUCCAGGAGGAACCGACUGCCUGCAUGGGAGUCAAAGGAGAAUGAAUGACUCCUGUGAGUCACCCUCUUCUUCCUCUUCAUCCUCCUGUCCACCUCUGCUCACACCCACUGGGAAUGGGCCAGAUGUGAUUGGAAUGUUUGACAUGGAUUCUUCAGACAUGGCUAUGUCCAACACGUCGGAAGAGCAGAACUUUGAUCCGCGAAGGCACUCCUUCAGCGAGGAUGAGCUCAAGCCCCAGCCGAUGAUCAAGAAGGCACGCAAGAUCCUGGUACCCGAUAACAUGAAGGAUGAGAAGUACUGGACCAGGAGGCACAAAAACAAUGAAGCGGCAAAGCGCUCCCGGGACGCCCGCCGUCUCAAGGAGAACCAGAUAUCAGUGCGCGCCGCCUACCUGGAGCGAGAGAACGCCGCCCUCCGACAGGAAGUGGCCGAGAUGAGGAAGGAACUGGGCCGGUGUCGUAACAUACUUAGUAAAUACGAAAACCGUCUCGCUGACCAGUGAUGGCAGCGCGGAGAAGAAUUAGGACGAGGAGAAAUAUAAGCUGGAUUCAAUCUAAGACUCUGAAUUUCUGGGGUAACCUGAUGGACAUAAAGGGGGUCAAGCUGAUUAUGAUUAUAAUGAUGACAAUGAUGAUGAUGUUGAUGAUGAAUGUAUAAGACGAGGAGAAGGUUUGUGCAUUGAAGCUCAGGUGUCUUGUUUUGUUGAGGUGUCGGCUCUUAAAAGUGGCAGACAGAGAGAAUAAUUUAACAGAUGAAAGAUGUGACUUUUAAGAGUUUUGUUAUUGGAGAAUUGUAUAUUUUUAUAAUACUUCAGAAAAAUUAGAGGGAGAGCAAAUUACAGAAUAAUUUUGUAUAUUUUCUACAUGAUGGGGACACAGAGAUGGGGGAAAGCUGCGGUAAAUAUCUUUUUAUCAUAGUUGAGUCAGGAGAUGCUUAACAGGUUGUCAGCCAUCGAUGGUUUUGUUUUUGUUUUUUUGUGUUUAUAAUUAUAGCCAGGAUGCAGCAGCAGGGUUGAGAAGGCAUGUAACAAUUGUAAUAUAGAGAGCAAAAUUAUCUUAAAGACGUGUAGUUCGACAUUUUGUGGAUUUUACUCAAGCACUUAAUUUGUUUCCUUUUAUGUUUCUGUCACUGGGGAUGCUUGAGGGAGACAGAAUGAGAGACACCAUGUAUACAGUCCAGCUCUAUCCUCUUGGCCAGUCUCGUAUAUUAUUUUCUAUUAGAACAACUUCACCCCCCCUCCCCCCUGCUAACAAUAUUAGCUCUUUUUACCUUGGUUUUAACUUUAUGAGACUGGUACAUCUUCCUCUAGCCCGUAUUUCUGUGUAUUGCUCUUUUACUUUUUCACUAUCCCAGUGGAAGUGCUUUCAAUCUGCUCUGGUGUUUUUAGAUAUUUCCCGAGCCUGUGGAAGCCUGUUGUGAUGCCCUGGGUAACUCUGCUCCUCUUCAUCCUCUCUUUGAAUUGCUCCCCUGUUUCUAUAUCCGAUGUCUCUAUUUCUGUCUGCUCCCACUUGCAGGCAGUCCUUUGACAGUUAUGUGCAAACUCUUCCCAAUGCAUUUUGUCUUUGUGACUCUCUUGCACCUGAAAGGUGCACAGAGCAGUUCAAUCUCAGUGUUGUAACAUAUUCUGCAGUAGUAAUCAAUCGUCCCUGUAAAAACACACGUUGUUACUUUACUGAACACACUUUAAUUAGCAUUAUUACAGGGGUGUGGUGGGGGGAAGGGAGGGGAAUUGUUGUGUAUAUUGGAUAGGCCUCUACUAUUUUGUGUAUUUGAUGUAUUCCAGGAGAUGGGUUGAGUACCCCCAUUGAGUGGAAUGUGUUAAUUUCUCAGAUUUCUGGGAGAAAUAAAAGCCAAAAUGUUGAUCCUAUGUC